UCGAAGAGUGUUCGGUUUCAAGUCACCAUGGUACCCAAGCAUGGCGUCGGUGGAGAAGAACGAAGUGUCCAUUGAAGCUCCUCGUCUCGACGACUUGCUCUCUUUGGAUCCCUACCUGAAGGACCACAAGCAUGACCUGUGCUUGAGAUACACUCAAUUUUCGAAAUGGAUCAAGAAAUUGUCGGACGCUGGUCAUGAUUUAGAGUCGUUCAGUCGUGGAUAUGAGGAGCUUGGUCUGAUUGACAAGCCAGAUGGCUCUCAGGUGUACCAGGAAUGGGUUCCAACAGCAAGAGCAGUUAGUCUGGUGGGGGACUUCAAUAACUGGAAUCCCAGCAGUCACGUGUGUCGGCAGAAGGAGUUUGGCAAGUGGGAGAUUGUGCUACCACUUCUUGAUAAUGGACAGCCACAAGUACCUCAUGGAUCACGCUUCAAGGUAUGUAUAACAACAGAGACUGGUGACACGAUUUUCCGUCUGUCACCUUGGUGCAAGUAUGCAACCUUCAACAAGGAAGCUUGCAUGUACGAGGCUGUUCAUUAUCGCCCCAGCGAGCCGUACACGUUUGUCCAUGACCACCCGUGCAAGCAGGGUCCGGCUCCAGCGGCUCUUCGCAUCUACGAAGCUCACGUUGGAAUUGCGUCACCUGACGGCCACGUCUCGACCUACGCCUACUUUGCUGACAACGUGGUGCCGCGCAUCGCUAAGCUUGGCUACAAUGCCAUUCAAUUGAUGGCCAUCAUGGAGCAUGCGUACUAUGGAUCGUUUGGCUAUCAGAUAACAAGCUUUUUUGCUGCGUCAAGUCGAUACGGAACACCUAGCGAACUGCAGCGUCUGGUGGAUGUGGCCCAUGGUCAUGGGUUGGUAGUAUUGCUGGACAUUGUGCACAGCCACGCCAGCAAGAAUGUCCAGGAUGGGCUGAAUCAGUUUGAUGGCACCAAUACCUGUUACUUCCAUGAUGGCGCUCGCGGUGAGCAUAGUCUAUGGGACAGUCGACUCUUCAACUACCAGCAGUGGGAAGUGCUGAGAUUCCUCCUGUCCAACUUGCGCUAUUACAUGGAGGUGUUUCGCUUCGAUGGCUUCCGCUUUGAUGGCGUGACCAGUAUGCUCUAUCACCACCAUGGCAUCGGUACUGGUUUCUCUGGUGGCUACCACGAGUACUUCAACAUGAGUGUGGACACGGACGCUCUCGUCUAUCUUAUGCUCGCCAAUGAGAUGCUGCACACUCUCUACCCUGGUGUCGUUACUGUGGCGGAGGAUGUAUCUGGCAUGCCGGCAACGUGUCGACCAGUUGCUGAAGCAGGUCUUGGCUUUGAUUAUCGCCUCGCCAUGGCUAUUCCAGACAAGUGGAUCAAGUACCUGAAAGAAGAGAGAGACGAGGACUGGAGCAUGGGCAACAUUGUCUUCACGCUGACCAACCGCCGGCACGGUGAGAAAGUGAUAGCGUACGCCGAGAGCCACGAUCAGGCACUAGUUGGUGACAAAACGUUGGCGUUCUGGUUGAUGGACGCCGAAAUGUACAGCAACAUGUCCACGCUGUCAACAUUGACUCCCAGCAUUGAGCGAGGCAUGGCACUCCACAAGAUGAUACGCCUGAUCACCAUGGGUCUGGGUGGUGAGGGCUACCUGACGUUCAUCGGCAACGAGUUUGGGCAUCCGGAGUGGCUGGAUUUCCCCCGUCUCGGUAACAAUGAAAGCUAUCACUACGCGCGUCGCCAGUGGAACUUGGCGGAUGAUGAAUUGCUGCGCUACAAGUAUCUGAAUGCAUUUGACAGGGCCAUGCAGCAUUUGGAUAAGCAGCAUGAUUUCCUCUCAGCUCCACAAGCAUACGUCAGCCGCAAGCAUGAGGAUGACAAGAUUGUUGUCUUUGAGCGACAUGGACUGCUCUUCAUUUUCAAUUUCCAUUCGCACAAGAGCUUCCCCGACUAUUCAGUCGGUGUCGAUGCUGCUGGAAAAUAUACGAUUGCCUUGUGCAGUGAUGCAGAGGAGUUUGGUGGUCACAACCGCGUUCAGCUAGGUACGGAGUUUUUCACCGCUCCUGAGCCGUACGACAACCGAGCCAACCGUGUGCAGGUUUAUAUUCCAAAUCGCGUUGCACUGGUACUAUCCCGUCAGACAUGAUGAAACAGCAUGCAGCAGACUGAAGAGCUAGACAUUAUUUUGUGUUUUACUCUGGCAUAUGUAACUUAUUCAUUCUACUACAGUUGUAGCACUUGCGUUUUGCGUAACCCGUGGAGUUUUAUUUGCUAUUUCGAUACCGCCACAAUUUAUUUCUGUUUUUACGUACCUGCUGGAAAUGCUCUGUUUUAAAUUUUUAUAUCUCUUUAUGUGGAGUAGUGAGCCAUAUUAGAUACUAGGAUGCUGUAUGUUAUUUUAUCACUAUGGACUAGAUUAGAUCUAGCACUGGGGCUGUUUUUUUUGCCAUUGGUCCGAGCAUGCUGGCUCUUCUUAUGUUAUACAUGUUACUGACACGUUUUGCCGCUGUGCCGAUUUAGUCCUUCACUGUAUCUAGACAGUUGCCGGGUUGUGCCUUUUCUUGCCGCUUUUACACUCCGUCCCAAGUGAUGCGCACGUAUCCGCUCUAUUUUUCAUCGUUUUCACUCUCGACUCACUCACGUGUAUGAUCACUAUGCUGCUCAAGUAUGCAUUGGAUGAACUAAAAUUAAUUACCAUGCCAUCUUCAAGUGAAAA